AUGCAAUGUCUCCGCCAAGUCCGGUGCGUGACAAUCCGGGCUGCAGCUCCAACACACAGGCUUCUUAAAGUGACAAACCUACUCAGAUCUGCAGAUGCAAGCACGCUGCAGCGGAAAAAGGAGAUGACAGACAACAAACCAUGGGUUCUGAUCUCAAAGGUUGGGGACAAGGGCUUCCACGAGGACGUCGUUGACAUUAUCAACCAACACUUCCACAUCAUCUGCCUCGAGGAGUUUCUACAAAACCCGGCCCUGCACGGCCCUAAAAUCCAGGGCAUGUUUAUGUGGAACUACAGUCCUGCGGCCGAGCCUUCCCUGCUGAGCCGCCUGCCAUCGCUGAAGGUGAUCGCCAACGGAGGAGUGGGCAUCGACCAUCUGGACGUGCCGUACAUCAACAGCUUUGGGGUGAAGGUCGCCAACACUCCCGGCGUGGUGAGCGACGCCACUGCAGACAUGGCCAUGGCGCUCCUUCUGGCUUCAGCAAGGACGGUCCUAGAGGGUCACCUGAUAUCGGUUGAUUCCAAGACCACCCAUGUACCACAAAGCCUUAUGGGAGUUGAAGUCACAGGUUCAACUCUGGGGAUCAUUGGAAUGGGACACAUCGGGUAUAAAGUUGCUCAGAGAAGCAGAGGUUUCAACAUGAGGAUCCUUUACCACAACAGAAACAGAAGAAGUAUCGAAGACGAGCAAGCAGUCGGGGCAAGUUACUGUGAGAAACUGGGCGACCUGCUGAAAGAGUCCGACUUCGUGGUGGUGGUGGUGAACCUGACCCCUGACACCACCGGCCUCAUCAGCCACAGAGAGCUGUCACUCAUGAAACCCACAGCCACACUCGUAAACGUCAGCAGAGGUCUGGUUGUGGAUCAGGACGCUCUCGUCAAAGCUCUGACGUCUGGAACGAUACGAGCUGCAGCUUUAGACGUGACUCACCCCGAACCUCUACCCAGGAAUCAUCCGCUCCUCACCCUCCCCAACGUGCUGAUAACGCCCCACAUUGGGACCAACACUCGUGGGACGAUAAGAAAGAUGGUGCAGAUGAUGGUGGACAAUGUUUUGGCAGCAGUGAAAGGCGAAGCUGUUCCUAAUGAGGUGAAAGCAAAAAUAAGUUCCUCUUCUGGUGACAAGCUCAAGACAAUGUAAUUUUUUUUGGUCCUUUUUUACUUGCAACUUUCACACAUUGACCCAAUUCUUUGACAUUUUGAGCUUCAAUGCUGCCAGUUUUAGUCCUGCAGUUACUCAGGAAGACAUUUAUGGGCAGAAAUCAUUUCUCCUCAUAAUAACUUUAGUUUUUUUGUGUGUCAUAAAGCAAGCACAAUAAAUCUACUGUAUUUUCUCGUAAUUUAAUUGCUACCUUUAUUGCUAUGCAUUUGAUAAUGACAAAAAAAUAUAUAUAAAUAAAAUUAUGAGCUUAAAUUUAUCAUUAAUGCAUAGUGUUUUUUUCAAAUUAAUAUGAUUAAAUAUAUACUUUAUUUUUAUUUGUUUACUGUUAUUUUCUUGUAGGGAUUGUCGAAAGACUAAUCAGAAUCUUUAAGCUGAUUUAUUCAGUUGAAGUAUUUUCUCCUAAUUAAUGUAAUCGUGUAUGUUUUAGUCUUUGUGUGUAAGAUUGAUAAAGUGAUUUGACACUUUUGAAAAGUUUGAGACCCUGAUAAAAAAAUAAUAUGUUUCCAUCUUUUAAGGAACAUUUAUAUGGUCCAAAUAAACUGGAAAAGAAACUUGUGCAAAAGUUUUACAAAUGUUCUUAAUUUUGUUCUGGACUCGGGUCAGACUGGUCUAAAAAAAAACAACUUUAAUUUUACUCUUGUGAAGCUCUAUAGAAUUUCAGCUUAUGUUUUGACUCAAACUGCCAUUCGGAAACAGGAAAUUUCAAUUUUUUAGCAGAAGCUUAAAUGCUUUUUAUCUGGUAUUUGGAAAAGUUGGUACAAAAGUUCAACAAACCACUUUCUUUUUUUUUUAAUUCUCAAGUUUCUCAGUGUCACUGCAGGCCUCUUUGCAGCCUCUCUGACCAGUUUUCUUCUUGUCUUCCUAUCGAACAUGAACAUGAAGAAAUCUUGCUUUUAUACUGUGACUUUUUCCCCAUAUUUUUUCCAAUAACUCAUGACGACCAUACUGUACACAUGUUGUGUGGGAUGUAUGGGAUUGUUUUAUACUCUUCUUCUUUUAAUGAUAUCUUUAAGAUCCUUUCAAACCUCAACUUGGCUAAACUUUAUUUUGGGUCAAAUUUGUGCAACCAGGUCUUUGUUUCUUUCCUUUUUCUUUAACUCAUGUCAUGCAUUUUAUCAUGUUUGUAUCAGCAUUAGCCGUCAAUACUGCUGGUAGGUUGUUACAAGUGCAGCCUUUGUCCCUGGUGUGUCGUUGAAAUAAAUUAAAUUUCAUGAACUAUUG